AUGACGACGCACGGACGAUUGGACCACAAUUCGGUCAUCCCCGAGCGGCCCGUGGCACGGGAUGGCAAUCGGUACUCUAGGUCAUUUGUGGCGCUCAAGGCGAUUCGGUGA